AUGCCAGGCUCGCCGGCGGGCUCCAGCUCAGCUUUGCCGUCCUUCUACUCCCCCAAGGCCGAAGCUGCUGACGCAUCAGCCUCCUCGCACAAUGACGCCCAUGGCCAGUCGCUCGAGCAGUCCAUAGACUCAUUGUCACUCUCCCCCGCUCCCUCCACUCCCGCCUCCGCUUCUGUCUCCGCCCACCCCGAUCCCGAGACACCGAUCGGCCUAGAACCCCCGCCGUCACUGCUUUCGCCCUCUUUCACACCUCCCGCUACUCCCGGUACUGCUACACCAACGACUGCUGGUCUUCGCGGUGUUCCUGUGGAUAGCUCCAUCCCUUCCGGAGGAUGCGGAUCAAAGAAACCCAAACUUCUACCGACUCUCCCGGAGGUUGAGUGUAUCGUUCGUGCCCGCAUUCCCACGACAGCAGGAACGGAGAUGUUCCUGCAUCUCUACACCAAUAACGUAGACAACAAAGAGCACCUUGCUAUUGUAUUUGGUAAGAAUAUCCGAAGUAAGAGUCUAGAUGCUGUUCGGGAGGGCGAGACAGAGAUGGACCGCAUGGUGCGUGGUGCGUACACAGGCACGCUAUUCCCCGGUCGCACGACCAGUGGUAUUGGACCAGCAACCCCUCAGGGAGAACAGCCACCGCAGCAAUCAGACGAACCCCCUCUGGUGAGAAUUCACUCCGAGUGCUACACAGGUGAAACCGCAUGGUCGGCGCGAUGCGACUGCGGCGAGCAACUCGACGAGGCAGCCCGUCUCAUGGGUCUUCCCGGUAACAAGUCUGGUGGUAUCAUUAUCUACCUUCGACAAGAGGGUCGCGGAAUUGGUCUCGGCGAGAAGCUCAAGGCGUAUAACCUCCAGGAUUUGGGCUCUGAUACUGUCGAAGCGAACCUGCUGUUGCGACAUCCAGCUGAUGCUCGAAGCUACGGUCUGGCUACGGCUAUGCUGCUUGAUCUUGGCCACACAGAGGUCCGACUAUUGACCAACAACCCGGAUAAGAUUCGCGCAGUCGAAGGACCCAACAGGGAGGUUGUGGUUCGGGAGCGUGUGGCUAUGGUGCCUCUGUCAUGGAAGGGCCGAGGAGGUUUCAGGAGUCAAGAGGUGGAAGGUUAUCUCAAGACAAAGAUCGAGAAGAUGGGCCAUAUGCUGGACAUGGCAUCGCUCCCCCAGUAA